GAGAAAUUUUGACCCGGGAGCGAUUUGGCACGAGACCGUUUCAAAGACUUAUCUGACAUGUAAACAAACACGAGGCGCUGCUCGCUCACCGCUUCACGCACAUGGUCUUCGCCAGCAGGGCUCAGUCUGUGUAGGUCACAAGAUGCUGGGUUGGCACAGAAUCCACUCCUCCCACCAUGUCAGUGUGUGGGGGAUGUGACCUCACUCAUCACCAACUGCAGCAUCUCCUUGAGGAUGACGACAAGAUCAAGGACUUUAUUCUGGCUCACUCCUUGAUAAAGAGCAAGAUAAGCUGUGGUGUGUGUGGCACAGAGGUGGCUCUGAAGAAGGGCUAUAUAUUCCGCUGCAACAGACAGCGACGUGUGCCAGGAAAGCAAAAACGUUUCCAGCGCUGCAACUUCUACCAGUCUGCAUUGAAGGGCUCUUGGUUCUCACGCUCUCAUGUUGCUGUGAAGGACUUACUCACUCUCUCAUUCCUAUGGACACAAACUGGCUGUACUCUGAGGAAGUGUGAACAAUUGGUGUCUUGCUCCCUGAAAACGAUUAUUGAAAGGUUGUCUCUGUGUCGGGAAGUGGCAUUCCAUUACUGUGUCAAGGAGUCAGUGAAGGUCGGUGGUGUGGAGAAGGUGGUGGAGGUGUAUGAGGCAAGAUUUGGGAAGGGGAAGUACAGUUGUGGCAGUCUGGACAGUGACUUGCUGUGGGCUAUUGGUGGCGUAGAGAGGAGCUCGCGGCACUUCUUUCUAACCACCGUGGAUGAGUGGAAUGAGCGAACAUUAAUUAAGACUUUCCGGGAAAAUAUACUCCCUGGCACACACAUCAUCACCAACUAUUGGGAUUUUAAAGGAAACUUAAAACAGUAUGGCUACCAAGUGAGCAAAUUUGAAGAGUACAAAAGGCUUCAUGCAAGAGCCUCCCCAACUCACAAGAGAUCCCAAGAAGUUCAAGUCCAAAUACCCAUUUUUCCAGAGAGCCAGAUCCAUUUCAGUGGCUACCUGGUUGAGGCUCUGUUCAAGUGGAGGCUUCCGAAUGAGGAGGAGAGAUUCCACACAUUCCUCCUGCAUGUAGCCAAGCUGUACUCUUGAGCUAGGAUAUUAGGUUGCAGUCAUGAAGUUUGUGGUGGAGCAUGUGAGCAAGGGUGGAGGACGGCUAGGCAGGUUGAGUGGUCUCCGCAGCCAGCCUGACAGUAUCCACAGCACUCCACUUUCCCUCAUCUCUACCAAGGGAGGCAGUGCACCACAUCUGACGCAGGAUGUGCUGCAUCUGGUGGUAUCAAGGGAAGCACCUCUUUGUGUCCCUGCCCAGCACUUCAUUGAACACAUGAAAGUGCUCCAGAGUUUCAAGAAAGGAGUGGCACACUUUGCUGCGCUCCAAAGCCACAGUGUGAGUCUUGUAGUGCAGGACCCCGCCACUGUCACCCCGAGAGGCUACAAUGACAAGCAGGGCGUGUCCACCUGGACCUACUCUGGCCGCCGCAUCCUCACAGCACAGUCAUACAUGCAAUUGGUGGAGGCAGUGCAGCCUGACUGGUAUGAAGCCCUCAGUGAUGCAGACACACCACCUACGGCCUCCAAGAAGCGGCUGUCCAAGUCCCUGAAUAGUUCUAAGCAGUAUGUGGACAGCUGCUUCCACCAUCACACAGAGUCAAAGGCCCUCCAGGGGUGUGGUCUGCUGCUGCCUCUGCUUGGGGGCCACAGCCUGCCAGACCGAGCCAGAUGGUCCAAGGGUCUAUCCGAGUGGCUGCAGGAAGACUCGCCAGUGUUGGGGUACUCGUUGCAGGGCCUGCAUGCCAACGGCCCUGAGGUGGAGCAGCUCACAUCAGCGCAGGUGGCCAACCUUGUCAGAACUUCAUUGGAUUCUUUGCCUAAAGGGCGACUGUGCCAGGCCGGAGGCAGCUGGAGCCCCAGUAUGGUGGUCAGUUUGGUGAGGCUUGGGGUGGACCUGUUUGACUCCUCCUUCCCCUACCUUGUGACUCAGAGGAAUGGGGCUCUCUCCUUCCCUCACCAUCUUCCCAGGGACUGUGGCUCCAGGGAGGCUGAGGAUGGGACGAGCCUUGAGCACCAGGAUAAGAAGCUGAAGGUGUGUGCAGAGGAACAAGGAGAGGGGAAGGAGAAGCAACAGGAAGAGCAAGGAAAGGAGAAGCAACAAGAGGAACAACGUCAGACAAAAGAGAAAGAACAAGAGGAGACCGAGAGGAAAGAGGAAGACAUAGAAGAAAGUCAUAAAAAUAAUGAGAAAAAUGAGGAGAAAGUCAAGAAGAAUAAUGAAAAGCAACAUAACACAAGUGUUUAUGAAAUUUGUCUGAAGGAUAAAAGGUUUGUGUUGGAUGAGAGGGGUCUUGUGGACAGCUGCGAGUGUUACACCUGCAAGAACUUCUCCCGAGCUUACAUACACCACCUCAUCAACGUCAAUGAGAUGCUGGCACCUGUCCUGCUCAUGAUUCACAACCUACACCACUGGAACGGUUUUUUCUCAAGCAUCAGGGAGGCUCUGAAGACCGACCGCUUGCAAGACCUCAAAGCUGUGGUCUCUUCUCUUGCCAUGGAAUAAAGGAGGAAAGCAAGAAAGAAAAGCUUGAAGACCCUCAUCCCAGUCACUCCUUGUAAGUCAUUGGAUUAUUGUUAUGUUGUGGAAGGACUGGUAUGAUUUGAUAUUGUAACCUGCACUGUAGUUAAUUUACACACUGUAAGUUGUCUUAUUAUUGUUGAGGGGUACGGAAGGACUGGCAGGGUUUGACUUCCUGUAUUGUAAUUAAUUCUGUCAGUGAAAUGAUGUCAGACAGAUUUGAUAGGUUUGGUAGAUUUAGGCUGCGUGAAGACCAAGAUUGACAAAUGAUUGGAAAGUAGAGGGUAGAGGACCAGUAGAUAAACUAUAAACCCAUGGGAUGAGUGAACAAGCAGCUUGAUGAGGUGUUAUUCAUCAUCAUCAUCAUUUUUGUUUAAUGUCCGCAUUUUCCCUUUAGGGUGGGGUUGGAUGGCCCAUGGCUGCUUUCCACAACUAGCGAUCUUGUGCUAUUAUGUUCUUCUAUUCCCAACAAAUUCAUAUCCUCCGUCACACUUCCUCAGCCUCCAAUCCUCACCUCCUCCACCUCGCUCAACACCCCUCCCUCUGCCCUUCUCAUGUGUCCGAACCAUCUCAAAUCUUCUCUUGCUCAGCUCAACAAAAAGGUCUUCAACUCCACACAUCUCCGCCACCUCACUGCUAGACCUCCCGUCUUGCCACCUCACUCCUCCCAUGUAUCUCAGCAUCCUGCAGUCAUUGUGUGAGUUAUGAAGCUGUUAAAGAGGUGUAGAAUCAGGUCAUUCAAGCUACUCAUCCUGUACACAGCUCUUGUAAUUUUAUACCUUUACAAAGUGAAAAAGGCUCAGCCACAAACAAACCUUCUGUUAUUAGUGAAGGUGAUGAUGGUGAUUGUGAAUUUAUUGAUUAUUAAAUACAAAAUAAGCUCA